GAAAUCACUGACAACAAGCCCAUUCACCAAACCUAGUGGAAACAGCCCCGUUAAUAGCUCUCUAGACCUCUUAUCAGUCUCAGUACCUUUAAGGAACGCCGCUGGAACAAAACAUCUGUUCAAAGACGUAUUCAAACAUCAUCAUGAACUUUUUGGCUCUACUGCAUUGUGUGAUACUUAUUUCAGUUUUUGAAAUAUUUGAAGAUCAUCGAACUUACGCUGGCAUGUGCUGGCUGCAGCAGGGUCCGGAGCACCGCUGUGACAUGGUGCUCAUGAGAGGCGUGAGCAGGGAAGAGUGCUGUGCGGCCGGCCGUCUGGACACUGCCUGGUCCAACACCAGUCUGCCUAUCAAUGAAGUCAGCCUGCUGGGAUUCCUGGGAAUAGUUUCCUGUAAGCCGUGCAAAGAGAACUGCGAGGGGGUCAACUGCGGCCCUGGAAAGGUGUGCAGGAUGAAAUCUGGACGUCCCCAGUGCGUAUGCUCUCCAGACUGUUCCAACAUCUCCACUAAACACUCCGUGUGUGGGAGCGAUGGGAAUUCGUACAAGGACGAGUGCGCACUCCUGAUGGCUCGCUGCAGAGGUCACCCUGACCUGGAGAUUAUGUACCAGGGGGAAUGCAAAAAGUCCUGCUCAAAUGUCGUAUGUCCUGGGACGCAUACUUGCGUGACGGACCAGACCAACAGUGCCCACUGCGUCAUGUGCCGCACUGCACCCUGCCCGAUGCCCAUGGUCACCGAGCAAACCAUCUGCGGCAACGAUAACACCACUUACCCCAGUGCCUGCCACCUGCGUAGGGCUACCUGUUUUUUGGGUCGUUCCAUAGGGGUCCGCCAUUAUGGACACUGCAGAAGAAAUGAAGGAAGUGAAGAGAAUUCACUCUUCUGAGGAUGUCAAGAGCAGAUCCACUCCCUGUACAUAUUACGAUGGCACAUAAGACGUGAGAGAACCUGUUUGAAACCAUAUAGUCUCACAACACGGUUCUCUGUCCCAAAGAACCACUACUAGUAUUUUAUACGCAUGCAAUUCAUACUUAAAGCAAAUGUGUGGUUUUAACCGGAAAACUGAACUGAUGAAUUGACAGUGUGCAUAUUGUAAAUAUACUACAAGCUACUAUUUAUUGGAGAAAAGUAAGGAAGUCAGUGUUAUUUAUGUGUUAACACCAUAUAUCCGUACAUCAGCUGCCUUUAUCAAGGUAUUUAUUGUGGGUUGUGCUUCAGUUUUCAUGUAAACGUCAAAACAGAAAAAUGUAGACUUGCACAUUCCCGUACCUACGAAUUUCCUCAUGGAUAAAAAUGUCUAUUUUUCCCCCCACAAAGAGCUAUUUCUUGUCAAUUAAAUAUUUUAGAACAUAACAUUUUGGGCCCUAUCUUGCACCCAGCGCAAUUGACUUUGUACACCGACGCAUGUGUCAUUCCUAUUUUGCACCCGCGCAAAGCGCGCUUUUCCCUCCACAGAAGCACGUCGCUAAACUAGUGAAUGAACUUGCGCUCCCUGGGCGGAUCAGCGCAAAAAAAGAGGCGUAUUCCGGCGCAAACAAUCCCUGGUGCUAUUUUGCUGUUCCAUUAAGCAAUUGCGCCACUGACCAGAAAAAACCUAGUCUAAAGUCAGUGGCGCGUUGCGCGCUGUUCAUUAUGCUAUUUUAAGGGCGCAUGCUUGACCUUAAUGUAUAUAGCGUGCACAACGCGCAUACACUUUGCUCAUAUAAUCUACACAGAUUUUUAUUAAGAUUCAUAAAUUGUUACACUAAAAAAAUAUUAACACAUGAGAUGACGGAAAUCAUUGUGGUGUGCCACGAAGAUGUGAAAAAAUAGGCAUAAAUCUUGCUUACAAAUUAUUCAGGCUAAUUGUAGUAAUUAAGGAUCAGACCUGUUUGCCCAAUAGUGGCAAGACAUAUAUGUAUAUAAGGACAUCUGACAAAUUGGUUUGUCCGUCAAGAACCAGGAAAAAAAAUCGAUGAAACAGUUGUGGCUAUUUCCUCCCACGCCUGUUUAACCGACGCUAUUUUGGGUGGGUUUCUCCCAUCCCCAUACAACACAACUUCUCUGUCUUUCAUUGCUUUUACAAGAACAUCAGUCUCCUCGGCUGUGAACCGCUCCUGGCGUGCGCCUGGUAAAUACGCCAUAAUAAUAGCAAUCCAUAAUGGAACUUGCGCACCUGCUUUUAAAGGGAAUGUUGGAUGACGCUCUGAUUGGUUUAUUUCACGUUACGCCCAAACCACACCUAUGAAUAAUGAAGCUACUUCAGACCCACCCAUUUUAGAUUUGCGCCGGGCGCAAGAGCCAUUUAUCCCGCCGGGAAAAUAGCAACAGCGCCGAGACCCGCCCACAAACUUACUUGCGCUUUGCGCUUUGACACUUGCGUUUCAGAUCGUUUAAAUAGGGCCCUUGGUGUUCUUAAUAUUAUUUUCUGGUUUUUACUAUUUUAUAUUAUUUAUAUCUGUUUUAUUAUUCUAUUAACUGUUAAUUCCAGUGCUAUCUCACGACAAAUUCGUACGUAUUUUACCAGGUAGCUAAUUCGUACUAGCCUGACUACGUCAGACUUCCUACUUCCGCUCAAUUUCAUUUCGCUGAUACAGCGUCUGAUACAGCGUCAGAGCUUUCUGUUUGCCACCGGUCUGGAAACAGCCGGGCCAAUCAACGAACAGAGGGCGGGCUGAGAAGCGUGACGUAGAUGCUAAGCGCCUAGUUUUACAUUGUAUGUUAGAGAAAUCGAAAACCGAAACGACCGCGGAAAUGGGAAACGAGACACGGGAUGCAAUUCGCUCUGUUAUGGAGAACAUUCAACUCUUUUUCAAACUGCAAAAGUCGUUUACAGCCAUGUUCACUCCGGUAUUUCGCUCGCAUCAUCAUGUGUUUACAACAGGUUUACAGUGGAAGUUCAAUCAUAGAUUUGAGUUCGAUGCAUGAUGUCUGUGCUUCGAUGCGGCUGUACAGGGGCAUAACAUACGUCAUAACUAAACGUAUCUGAUUGGCUUUCGAGUAACCAAUGAUUUUAAACUCCAGACAAGCGCCCCCUAGCGAGAGAGAAAAUGCUUCUCUAUUAUGCCAUUCCAGACUCUGUCUACGAAGCAAAGUGAAGUAGCAGAGUCUGGUAUUACCAGGCUAAAUUCGUACGACCUCACUCGUAGGACUUUGUACGAUUUGUCUAGACCCAAGUGAUGGGUAGGUUUAGGGGCGGGUUUAGGUGUAGGUCAUUCGUACAAAUUCACACGAAUUGUGCAAUUAGUAAAAUACAUAAAAUUUGGCACGAAUCGUAUGAAUUUGUACGAAUGAGGUCGUACAAAUUCAUAUGAUUAGCCACCUCGUAAAAUCAGUUUGAAUUGACGUGAGAUCAGGCUGUUAUUCCCAAUGGUUUUCCAGUGGGACAGUGGGAAACUUGACAUGAUCACUCUGUAUGCCAAAGUAUAUCAGCAUUAUCAGCCUUGAGCUUUUUGACAACUCUACUAUGAACAAAGCACACAGAAUAUUAACCAGCAAAAACGAUGACCAAACACCGCUGAAAUAGCUUCUUGAACAAUCCUAAGUACAGCUUUCCCAAAAACGUGCCUCUCUGCAAAAGCCAUGUGGAGUCACAGUUGAAAUUCUAAUGGACAUGGGAGACUACAUACUCAUUGAGAUAAAGUGUUGUGCGUGUACUGUUUGUAUUCAGAGGGAUUACUCAGCCAAAACAGCUACGCUUCCAGGCCACGUUCACACUGACGUGAAGACCAAACUGAGCCACCCACCAAGCAAUGAAAUUACCAGCUACAGUUUGAUGCCAGCAGUUUUUUAAGAGGAUGCUGGGAAUGUACUGUCAAAUAAUGUACAGUACAUUCUACUGUUGUAAUGGUUUUCACAUCUUCGGGAUGUGUUUUUGUCGUUUUGUGUGUGUUUGAGUUUUAUGGGCGCUUGACCUUGUUGUAUACUUAAAAGGUCAUAAGGAGAACUUCAAUGUGUUUUAUCUGACUCCCAGUAAAUCGUAUUGUGUUAUGCAAAAAAGAAGCAGAUAAUAUGGUAGAUGCAUAUAACUGUGUAUAUCAUCAUUGUACAAGUUUGUUUCAUGCAUUCCUUUCAGUAGAUAUUUAACCUUCCUGUAAAUAGAGACAUUUUGCAUUAUCUGAAUAUAUACUGUAAAAUUCUGUUUCUUCAAUUGCAUAUUUUUGUAUUGUUCACUUACUUUUUUUUUUAUUAAAACAAAAUUAAUGUUGUGGUAA